GCAGCUAGCUGGACGCAUAUCACGGCUCUCUCUCUCUCUCUCCUAUAAUUGAAUUCAUGUGAUGAUAUAUUUUCUGCACCCACACCACCAUUGUUGUUGAAGUCCUCCUUUUCCAUUCCUUUUCCCCCUUCCCCUACUCCUCCUUCCCAAAACCAAAAUACAGAAGGCAACAAAACCAAUAACACAUGUCUCCUCCGCGUUUAUCUGGUGGUGGUGGUGGACGGCGACUCAAAUUGUUGACCAUCUUCAUUGUCUUCUACUUUGUCAUUGUUCAGAUCUGCCCGGCGUCGGUAGCUGCCGCUGAUGACAAUGACAAUAAUGACAAUGACAUGGACGAUAUUGUGAAUAAUAAUAUUAAGGCUCUUCAGUUUGAGAACCCAAGUCUCCGUCAGGCCUACGUUGCCCUCCAAACAUGGAAAUCCGCCAUCUUCUCCGACCCAUUCAAUUUCACCGCCAACUGGAACGGUCCCAACGUCUGCUCUUAUUUGGGAGUGUUCUGUGCUCCUUCUCCCUCCGAUCCUUCUCGAAGGGUUGUCGCCGGCAUCGACCUCAACCACGCUGACAUCGCCGGCUACCUCCCAACGGAGCUUGGUCUCCUCACCGAUCUCUCCCUCUUCCACCUCAACUCCAACCGCUUUUGCGGCGCCGUCCCUGAAACCUUCAAGCGCAUGAAGCUCCUCCAUGAGCUCGACCUCAGCAACAACCGCUUCGUCGGCAGUUUCCCUCAAGUUGUUUUGUCAUUGCAGUCCCUCAAGUACUUGGACCUCCGCUUUAACGAGUUCGAGGGUCCCCUUCCUUCUAAGCUCUUUGACAAGGACCUCGACGCUAUAUUCCUCAACGACAACAGGUUCCGCUCCGGCAUCCCUCAAAACCUCGGCGAUUCUCCCGUGUCCGUGUUUGUUUUUGCCAACAAUGAUCUGGGAGGAUGCAUCCCAGGCAGCAUUGGGAAGAUGGCUAAAACAAUCAACGAGAUCAUCCUCAUUAAUGAUAAUCUCACGGGCUGUCUUCCUCCUGAAAUCGGCUUCCUCGACAAGCUCACUGUGUUUGAUGUUAGCUUCAACCACCUCCAGGGUUCACUGCCUUCAACCGUCGGACGCAUGAGGAGCUUGGAGCAGCUGGAUGUGGCCCACAAUACUCUUACUGGCGUCAUCCCUGCGAGUGUAUGCCAGCUUCCAAGGCUUCACAACUUCACCUACUCCUUCAACUACUUCACUGGGGAGGCGCCCUCCUGUUCUGCUGUCUCUUCCGGAGGGAAGGUGGUUUUCGACGACCGUGAGAACUGCAUUCCAGGAAAGAUGGAUCAAAGGUCUUCCAAGGAGUGCUCUUCUGAAGCUGCCCGCCCUGUUGAUUGCAGCAAGUUUAAAUGUGGUGGGGGCGGAAGCAGCAGGAGCAGCAGCAGCAGCCGCAACCGCAGCAGGAACAGGAGUCGUCGUGGUAAGGCUCCACUUCCCCCACCGCCAUCGCCAGUUGCAUCUCGUUCACCCAGGCCAAAAGUCCGUCCUUCGCGGCCUCCACCCUCUUCGGGGUCUUCACCUUCUUUCAGAUCACACCCUCCACCCCCGCCAUCAUCCGAGGUCAAUCCUUCACCGCCUCCUCCCCUGCCAAUGCACUCCUUCCCACCUCCACCUACUGAAAGAGUUUCACCAAAGACUAAUCUUCCUCCGCCUCCUCCCCCACCUACAGAGCCUAAACCUUCAACACCCACACCCAAGGCCUAUCAUGCACCGCCUCCACCCCCACCUACUGAAAAAGUUUCACCCAAGACUAAUAUUCCUCCCCCACCGCCUCAUUACACGCCCUCACACCAUAAACAUUCACCUCCUUCACCGCCAUCACCACCACCACCACCACCUGUUUGGGUCUCCCCGCCACCUCCGGUUGACUUCGUUCCCUCCGUACCCAAAACAUCUCCUCCGCCGCCCAUUGGCAACUCACCGCCUCCUUAUGAACACCACAAAACACCGCCACCACCACCGCCCGUUUACUAUGUACCCUCGCAGCCUAAAACUUCACCACCGCCACCUAUUCAGAACUCACAGCCGUCCCCACAGCAGCCAAUUAAGCCGCCAUCACCACUGUCCUCGCUUCCUCCACCUCCGCCUCCUUAUGUAAUGGCUCCUCCACCAACAGAAACUUCACCUCCCGUGCCAGUGAAGCCCACUCCUCCACCUGAAUCUGGCUGUGGUCUGCCAGGAUCACCACCACCACCAAGUUAUGACCAUUCACAAUCGUCCCCGCCUCCUCCUACACAGCAUCACCAUUACCCAUCACCGCCACCGCCGCUAUUGUAUAACACUCCACUUCCUCCCAUUGGAGGAGUCUCCUAUGCAUCUCCUCCUCCCCCUGUUAUUCCUUACUAUUGAUCUCUCUACACGUUGGCACCAAUUUUUUAGUCCCCUUCUCCACUUUUCAACUUUCCUUUCCGAUGCCACCGAAAGGAGUGAGAUUACAAGAAUAUGAAAUAUGUUAUUCCUAUCUAUGCUCUGCAUUGGGGACUUGAUAAGAAAUAGACGAAUUGCCCCCCAUGAGAUUUCAUAUUGUGUGUUUUCUGAUAUGCCUUAAUGCAUAUUUUCAAGGCCUCUGCUUUCCUUCUUUGCUAAUAAUAUAUGUAAUGUAGCUAAUUAUUUCACUCUUGUUUUCUUAGUUUUGUAUAAUUCCUUCAUUCAUAUAUGAUAUGGCCAUGUGUUGAUUGGCUGUUACCAAGUAUUACUUGUUAAGCUAAGUGUUGUGUAUAAUUUCAAUUCACAUAUAUUUUAUUUUUUCGUUUUA